AGGUCCGGCGGGAACCUGUACUUCUCUAGUUCGCCCACUAUGACGAUCGCCUACAGCUGCAUUGCAAAUGGCCGAGCGGUCCUAGCGGAGCUGACCCUAACCGGCGGCUCUUAUCAGGGCUUCAUUCGUUCUCCUCCAAUGUAAAAAGUAUUUCAAUGGCGGGAGAUGGAGAUUGCUCCUGUAGCACUCAGGAUGGGUGACUGCUUGCCAACCACAGAGGAGGAAGCAGCGGCAACAGUGCUUAAACUAGUGCUUCUUAGAGCUGAACCAAAGACCAUAAUUCAAAUGGGAAGCUUUGUCUACCAUACUCUCUUUAUUGACGGAAUCACUUACCUGUGUGCCUCAGACAAUGCCUUAGAUACUGUAACACCAUCUGCAUUUCUUAAAAAUGUUAGUGAGACUUUUCUGAGAAAUCCUUUGAUGUCACAAGAACAUUUUUCUCCGUCAAAUGCAGUUGCUACAGAUUUUCAACAAGUAUUAGGAAAGUAUAUGAUGAAAUACAAUAAAAAUCAAGAGGACAGCUCGAUAUCCACACUGAAGAGUCAAGUAACUGAUGUAAAAUAUGUUAUGACCCAAAAUAUCGAUAAAAUUUUGGAAAGAGAAGAAAGAUUGAAUAUCUUCACUGACAGAACAGAUGAUCUGCAAACAACUGCCAAAGAAUCCCAAAAAACAAGAAAGAUUCUUGGGAGGAUAUGGUGGAAACACUUCAAAAAGAUUAUAGUCAUCACCAUGGCCAUUCUCCUUUCAAUCAUCAUCAUUCUUUUAAGUACAAAUGUAAUACCAACUUGACCCUUCUCCCCAUCCCCAGCAGGUACCAAUAAAUUGUUAUAUGUAAUUAGA